CUCUUCUUCCUUUCAUGCCAAAUACUACAAAUGAUAUAGUUUUUUUCAAAUCAUGAUAUGGGCAUUAAUGCUUUUGAAAGUUCAUGAGUUCAUUCUCAUACCUCAACAAAAUAUUAGCAUACAUAUUAAUUUUUUUUAUCAACAUCAUAGCAUUACCUGAUUCUAUAAAAAUUUCCAGUAUUGAUAUUUAUUAUUUAAUAUUCCCUCCAUCCUAUUUUAUAUAGUCUAUUUUUCUUUUUGGAUUGUCCCAAAAUAAGUGUCACAUUUCUUUUUCUAAAAAGAAAUAUAUGAUCUACAACAUUUCAAUUUAUUAUACUCAGAAGUCAGAUCUCAACUACAACUUUUAAUUUUUUUAAUCACUUUAUUCAUAAUUGUGUCAAACCAAAGCAGGACACAUAAAACGGGUUGCAAGUAGUACUUAUCAAAGUGGCACACCCGGGGGCAUGGCCUAGGUGUUACACUAGUUAUUCCUUAAAAAUAAAGGUUUACCCACAUUAGUCCCUAGAAAAUGAAGAGAUUGUCUUUUUGCUUAUUUCUUGGAGCGGCUGAACUAGAUAGUCCCUUAUAUAGAUAAAUAGUGGCUAGAUGAACCCAUCUAUAUGAUUAUGGCUGACCUUUACCUGGCCGAGUUUGAUAUUAAGAAGCCUCUUCUAUUCUUCAGUUUUUUUUUUUUAUAUUUUGUCAGAUGAGCACAUGAGCACACCAGAAAGACCUUAGUUUAAGAUUUAGAUAAUUACCUAUUACUUGUGUGUGAUUCAGGUGUAAGCAUUAAUCUGAAACUCAAAUAGUAGCUGAUUCCACACAAAUAUUAUCAUGUAAGCAAGGUUGUCAAGGCUUAUUAGAAAGUAAGAAAAUAAACUCUACUUGUGAGUGUUACUUCCUAAUCUAAUUCUCCAAGUCAUUUGGAUUCACAUUUAGAGAUCAUGGAAUUGGCAUUUGUCUUUCAAAUGAAAAUUGCAAACCAAUACAGUUGGAAUUGGCGCCGAACCGGAUUGGACGGACACGAGGAGCCUUGACAAUGGUUUUGAUCAUCGUGUCUGCUUCUGUUUCUGGGUUGUCGGGUUUGGAUUGGAAUUGGGAAGCUAACCCAAUUGUUUUGGAGUGUUCAGAGUGCAACUCUGAUGUAAAGGAGCAAGAAGUUGAAGUGGAAAAUGUACCUUUCUUUUCGAGUAUGGAUGAAUGGGAACGAAAAGAGGUAAGAAAAGAACACACAGCUUUAGGAGAUCAUUCAUGGUUUAACUUUUUUGGGAUGAAAGGACGCCUUUGCCAGUGGGUGGAGGGCUUGCUAAUUUGGAUAACACUUUCUUUCUUAAUGCGGUACUACAUUGCUUCAUGCACAUAGUACCACUAGUACAAAGUAUUGAAACAUAUAAUCAUCCAUCUCCUUGUGAGGGUAGGACCUUUGAACUCAAAUUUUGGUUUUUGAUUGUCUACUAUAGCGGUUAUGUAGAGUUUGUAAAAAGAAUAUAUAUACUCCUUAUCAUAUUGUGAGGGUAGUAUGUUUUUAUCUAUUACCUGAUUUAAUUUGCCUCUCUUGUAAUGUGGUUUUAUCAUGUAUUUUAUUAUACUAAUUAAAAAGAUCAACUUAUGAUUCUUAUCAUAAUUUGCAGCUUGUAAUGAUUAAUGAAGGGUAUUGUGUUCUUUGUGAUCUAAAAGAGCUUACAAAUGUCACAUUGGGUUCCAAAGGUAGCAUUAUCCAUCUCUGGAAAAUUGUCAAACAAUUUAAGUUGUAUCCAUUUAAGCAGUCGUUAAAAUUUUCAUAUUUGGACUUGAUUAUUUACUUUUCAGUCUGCUUUGUUAACUUAAGCUUAUAAUUGUUAAUCUUUUCUAUUCUCGGCAUUCAAGGGAUAUGCAAACGCAUAUAUUAGGCUUUUUAUGUUUUGGUUUUUACCUACCCAUGAUGUAUCACAAACUUUGUUCCACUUUGAUCCUUCACUUAUAGAAAC